ACUAAAACCAAACUGUCAAGCAUAUAUUCACCAUUCAACGACGUUUGGGUUGUUACUAAUGUUAGUAAGUUCGGCCGAAUUGGCUCCCGUCACUCUAGCUCCAUCCCUAACAAUAAGGGGCAUUUAUAACUAAAGUCUGUUGAAAGUAUGUCUUUGAAGAGCAAAGGAGUAGCAGAAAGAACUUCAAGAAGUGCAGUUUCACAAAAAUGGAGUCUUUUACUUUGUCUUGGUAGUUUUUGUGCUGGAAUGCUCUUUACAACCAGAAUGUGGAUCAUUCCUGAAAUAAAAGGUGGUAUUACAAGAACAACUACAGUUGAAGCUGAAAAAUUGAAGUUAGUUUCAGAAGGAUGCAUUACCAAAUUUUUGCAGCAAAAACUAGUAUCUAAAGAUAUUUUUGGGAAAGUUUCUAAGACACAUCAUGCUAUUCAAACAUUAGACAAUACCAUUUCAAAUUUGGAGAUGGAGUUGGCUGCAGCUAAGGCAGCACAGGAGUCAAUUCUUAGCGGCGCUCCAAUAUCAGAAGAGAUAAAAAAGAGUGAUUCGACAAGAAAAAGAAAAUAUUUUAUGGUGAUAGGAAUAAAUACUGCAUUUAGUAGCAGAAAAAGAAGGGAUUCAGUUCGCGCUACAUGGAUGCCACAAGGUGAAAAAAGAGGGAAGCUAGAAGAAGAGAAAGGAAUAAUCAUUCGCUUCGUCAUUGGUCAUGGUGCCACAGUAGGGGGAAUAUUAGACAGAGCUAUUGAAGCUGAGGACAAAAAACAUGGUGAUUUCUUGAGGCUGGAUCAUAUUGAGGGUUAUCUUGAAUUGUCAGCCAAAACAAAGACUUAUUUUGCCACUGCUGUUAACUUAUGGGAUGCAGAGUAUUACAUCAAAGUUGAUGAUGAUGUUCAUGUCAAUAUAGCUACAUUAGGGGAAACAUUAGCAAGGCAUCGUAAGAAACCACGUAUAUAUAUCGGGUGCAUGAAAUCUGGUCCUGUCCUCUCGCGAAAGGGUGUAAGAUACCAUGAACCAGAAUAUUGGAAAUUCGGAGAUAAGUAUUUUCGUCAUGCUACUGGACAAAUAUAUGCCAUUUCAAAAGACUUGGCUACUUAUAUAUCAGUAAACCAGCAUGUACUUCAUAAGUAUACCAAUGAGGAUGUGUCGUUAGGAGCUUGGUUUAUUGGACUUGAUGUGCAGCAUAUCGAUGAUCGCAGAUUGUGUUGUGGAACUCCACCUGAUUGUGAAUGGAAGGCACAAGCAGGCAACAUCUGUGUUGCAUCAUUUGACUGGACGUGCAGUGGGAUAUGCAGGUCUGUUGACAGGAUAAAAGAGGUCCAUCGCCAUUGUGGCGAGGGAGAGAAUGCACUAUGGAAAGCUGCAUUCUGAGGACAUGCAUUUCUUUCAAGAACAGGACGGCGAAAUAGGUCUAUCGAUAUGUCAAAAAUCCACAUUCUUUUGCUCCGGAAUACAGAUUAUACAUGUGAGUAACUCAGAGGCGAAUCCAAGAUAUAGAGUUAGUGGGUUCAGAAUAAGUGUGAUCUUAUUAUAUGUAUACAUUUUAUGCUUUUCUUUGUUUGCAUGUGUAUACAUAGUCCAAGCUGAGGGUAGUGGGUUCAGUACCCAUAGAAUCUGCUCUAUGUGUAUACAGAGAGGCAUGCGUCGCGCGAUGGGAAGAGACGAUCGAAGAUUAAAAAUAAAUGGCCAAGCCUUAGCUGUGGAGAAACCUUCCCCAAUUUUGUAGAGAAGAAUAGCUAAUCAGUAGGCCAUAAUGUAAGUCAAAGUUUACUGGAUUAUAAAAUCUUAAUAAGUGCAAGUCAUAUUUUUUUUGUGGCA